GGGCUACCGACAUCCGGGCCCUUCGCUCGCCGCCGCCGGGAGCCGCCGGGAGCCGCGGGUCAGCGCCGCCACCGCCGGACGGGGCGGGCGGGCAGGCGGCUGCCGGCACGCAGGUUUGCCUGGCGCGAUCCCCCUUCCCUGGAUAACCCUGCAUCCUGGCUCCCCGGCAGCAGCACCGAGCGUCGGAGAUGUGGCUCCAAGGCUGACCCUACUGAGAUACUGAACUCUAUGGGAGCGGAGACCACUUGACUGCACUCAGCACCUUUCAGGAUCAGGCCCUAGACACCCGGGGAGCGACGCUGCCGGAUCCCCCGAGCAGCCAAGGCAGGCGAGGGGAGGACGAGGGUCGGCAUCCGGAGUGGGAAGGGCGCUAAAUGAGAAUAUGGCCAAUGGCAUUGAAGAUCUUAUCGGGAUCCCAUUCCCGAACCACAGCAGUGAAGUCUUAUGUGGUUUAAAUGAGCAGCGGCAUGAUGGUCUCCUCUGCGAUGUCAUCCUCAUUGUACAGGACCAGGAGUACCGGACCCAUCGGUCUGUCCUUGCUGCCUGCAGCAAGUACUUCAAAAAACUCUUCACUACUGGCACUUUAACAGACCAGCCCUAUGUUUACGAGAUUGACUUUGUCAAGCCUGAAGCACUUUCUGCCAUCCUGGAGUUUGCCUACACCUCAACCCUCACCAUCACCACCUCAAAUGUCAAGCACAUCCUCAGCGCUGCCAAGAUGCUGGAGAUACAGUGCAUUAUCAACGUAUGCCUUGAAAUCAUGGAGCCCGACAGAGAGGCGGAGCAGGAAGAUGACAAAGAGGAUGAAGAUGAUGAUGAAGAUGAAGAUGAAGGGGAAGAAGAGGAGGAGGAAGAAGUGGAAAAUUUUGUCGGUCAGGAGAACCUAACCGAUGUCCAAGAAGUAAGCUGUCACCAAAGCCCUUCGAAGUCUGAUCUUACCGAAGAAGCAUAUACGGAAGCACCUAGAGAUUUUCCAAAUCACUACCCAGCCAGUAACUCCUCUGGACACUUGGGCAUGAUACGGGACUUCUCCAUCGAGUCCUUGCUGAGGGAAAACUUGUACCCUAAGGCGAGCAUCCCAGAAAGGAGGCCAGCUCUCUCUCCUUUCGCCCCUAGCUUCUUCCCUCAUCUAUGGAAUGGCGAUUUUAGCUCCUUCUCCCAGCUCGAGGAGCCACAAGUAGACAACGGCCCCUUGGAUCUGGUGAUCAAAAAGAGGAAGAUCAAGGAAGAGGAGGAGAAGGAAGACCUGCCUCCGCCUCCUUUCCCUAAUGACUUCUUCAAGGACAUGUUUACCAACACCCCAGCAGCUCCCUUAGGGCGUAUUAAGGCAGAGACUGACUAUAGCGCUUAUCUCAAUUUCCUAAGCGCUACCCAGUUUGGAGGAGUUUUUCCCCCAUGGCCCCUGAAGGAGGAGAGGAAGAUAAAACCCAAGGCGUCCCAGCAAUGUCCCAUCUGUAACAAAGUCAUCAUGGGAGCCGGCAAGCUGCCCAGGCACAUGAGGACCCACACGGGAGAGAAGCCGUAUAUGUGCAAUAUCUGUGAAGUUCGCUUUACCAGGCAGGACAAGCUCAAAAUCCACAUGCGGAAGCACACGGGAGAGCGGCCGUUCCUGUGCAUCCACUGCAACGCCAAAUUUGUGCACAACUAUGACCUGAAGAACCACAUGCGCAUCCACACAGGCGUGCGGCCCUACCAGUGCGAGUUCUGCUACAAAAGCUUCACCCGCUCUGACCACCUCCACCGCCACAUCAAACGCCAGAGCUGCCGGAUCGCACGGCCCCGGCGAGGACGCAAGCCAGCAGCAUGGAGGGCGGCCAGUUUGCUCUUUGCUCCUGGUGGGCCACCAGUGGAGAAGAGCUUCAUGAUGCCACCGACGCUGGAGGAGAUGAGUGGCCACCUUGGCGGUGCGGCCAUGUGCCUUCCCGGCCCCAGCCCCAAGCACUUUCUGAGCGGGGCCGAGACCCCCUUCAGCCUGCAGGAGCUGGAGAGCCAGUUUGAAGAAACCCAGAUGGAACUCUUCAGGCGAGCCCAGCUAGACAUGGAGAGGAACGCGGGCAUCUUUGCCUUCGCCCUGGGCCAUAACGAAAACCUCGCUGCCCAACCCUUCUUCCCCCUCCCCGAUCCUUGGAGCACAGGCUUCAGCGGCUUGGCAGGGCUCGGCCACGUGGCUCCCAUCUCUGAGACGAGCAACUAAACCUGGCCCCACCAUGGGUCCACUCCCUUCCCAGCAGGGCGACCGGCUCCCUCAGGGUCCCCACCUGCCCUUGCGCAUCAUCUGGCUCCCAAGAAGCUCUUCAUCCCCUCGCCACUGUGGCCUGCCGCAGGGCUUGGGGCACAGGGCAGCCCUGGGGCCAGCGGGUGGGGGGGCCGGUGCUGCGCCCCAUGGCCACCGGCACUUUAGACUCUGCAACGCACUUGGCUUUGGGGCCAUGGGGCACGCACUGCCCUGUCCAGCCACCCACCGCUCGUGGCUCUGCCUGGGAAGGCCAGGCCAGGACUGCUGCUCUCUUCAAUACUCCUGAAAAUGUCACUUGCCUUAGUCCAGGGCAUGGCCAUCACCAUGAGAUGGCUCUUCUGGGGGAGGUGUUCCCCGUUUUCCACCCGCAAGUCCUGCUGGACACUGACAAACUGUCCAGACUUGGUUUUGAUACGUUACAUUCCUUGGCCCUUUUGGUCAAAAGGAUUGUUUUAUUUUUGUUUUCUUUUUUUAAAUCAAUUCCUAUGUCUGGCAACAAAACUUAUUCUAAAGGGGAUAAAGGGGAAGGUCAAGCAGCCGCAUUGGGAAGGGGAGGAUGCUGGCUGUUGCCUUUCUCAGCAUUAUAUCAGAUUUGCAGGGCUGGUGAAAGCCCUGCUGUGCAGGAUGAGUUGGGAACCUAAAAAAUAAUAAUAAAAAAAAAAAAAAAAAGAGAGAUGGAAAAACAUCCAGGAGCAAAUCUGGGUGGAAAAGGAGGGGUUUACUUGUUUUGGUUCUUUGGCCAUUUCAAAAUUUCAGAAGGAGAACCAAAGCCUCUUUUGAGUAUUUUAACUUCAGUUGGUUGAAAAGGUGAAGGAACGUUUUUAGAAGGAUCAGAAAUGUUUUAUUCUGGGCUUUUAUUAAACCCUCACUAUGUGAAAAUAAACCAUGUGGGAAUUUUGAAAUGGAAAAGUCAUUUCAAACCAGAGUCAGAAUUCACUGCCGCUGACCAUUCUGAAAUAUCUGGGGUUUUGUUCUUAAUUCCCCCUAAUUCCUAUAUAUAUAUUUUGAUAACAAAAAUUUGCAAAACACCUGAGUGUCCCCCAAUCUGCGAUGCUGAUGGGAAAAAAAUGGAUGUGCAAAUAUCACUGCUGCUUGUCUGAAGGGAUCUUUGUGGGAAAGGAGUCCACUAAAGAUGUCUUGCAGAUGAGAUUGUCUACUUGCGAGCAAGCAGAAAUACCGUUUCUUCACCAUUUGUUGCUUCAAAAGAUGAGACAGUAGCAUAUGAUGGGGUGCUCCAAGCUGAAGGUCGCCCAUGGUGGCCAAUAGGUCCGGGGUCCUCUGCAACAUCCCUGCAGACCCUGGCUUGGCCACCCCUGUCUAAUAAUUCUUUUGAGACCAAAAAAUUGGUAGACAGUUGGCUGGAAUUGCCCUGUCAGCCUCCUUCAGCCCCUAAAAACAUGAGCUACCCUUGAGGAUAAAGGCGUUUUGAUGGCCACCUGCAUCCGACGGCUCCUCAGAUGUGGUGGGACCCCACCUGAGUCUCCUCUCAGAUGUGGUGGGCUGAGAUGGCUUGUGGUGGGUGCCCCGGGAAGUUGGUUUUACAUGAAACCAGCACUUGAAAAUGUAAAUGUUACAAAUUAGGUCUUUUUCUUUCUUUUUUACUGUUACCUUUCAACGUCAGCAGAAUCAAAAGGGCAUGAGAGGACCAUGGGUUCAUAAAUUUUUUGGGUUUCCCUUCAAUGGUGCCACUCUGAAGCAGUACCUGGAUGAGGAUCUCCCCACCCGAGCAUGGUGGGGACACAGGGGGUCUAGGAUCCACAGACCCCCAUGAGGGCACAAAGGACUUCUGCUCUGAGACCAUCCACAGCAGAACGAUCCCAAGGAGCUGCCCAACACUCACUUCCUCCUCCAAAAAGAAAUCCACAAAGACUCCACGUGCAACAAGUCAAUGGAGGGAAAAAAAAAAAAAAAAAGAAAGGAAAACUUAAAACUGCAUCAAACUUUUUUUUUUAAUCCAUAUCAACUUCUUACACAAGCGACGUUUUGCAGAUGACUGGUUACUUCAGGUGUUUUUUUUGUCUAUGAUUUGGAGUCAUUGUAAAGUAUCCAAAGAUGCUGAGUACUGUAUAAUCUACAAGGACUUGAAGCAAGGUGUUUUUUGUGUCUCAGUUUGUUUGUUGGGUUGGUUGGGGUUUGGUUUUUUUUUUUUUCCUAUUUGUCUAGGGGGAAAAACCUUUGCAAUUUUUCUAUUUAUAACUAUUUUUAUGUGAUUGCUUUAUGUACAAAACAAUGGAAAAAAAAUCAAAAAAGGAGAGAGAAACACACACACAAACAAAUUUGCCUUAGUUACUCACGGGACAAUCACCCUUAACUUUCAUCAAUGCUAGAAAGUGGAUGGAAAAAAAAAAAAGAGACUUGAUCCUUCUAUGUAUUUAUUAAACUGUAUUAUUGAUGCUUUUAAAUUAUUAGCAGGACUUGGUUCUCUUGCCUGUGGCCAUGCUGAGAAGGCGAAGCUGCUGCAGAUGCUGAGCGGCCUCCCUCCUCAGGCUGGCAUGGCCAUCCCCAUGGCCUCAGGUCUAUGGGUGUUUGCUGGACACGUAGAUUUGGUGCUUUCCAGUGGCACCUUUUGGAAAGCUAAACUGAUCACAGAUGAAUGAAGCAUCUAGCUGGUACAGGCUCCAACCCGAGGAGGCUGCUGGCGUUGUGAUGCUGAUGACAAUUAACAAGUUAAGGUUGAUUUUCCCGCUUUGCACUGGGUUGGGUUGGGUCGGAUGGAGCUGGGUGCUGGCAUUGAUCAUGUCUUGGGGUGGGGAGGGACAACUAGAGAAAAGCCUAUUUCUUCCUGUUUUGAUGUUGUGCAGUGACUCCAGGCCACAGGUAUCCCGGUGGGAGCCCAGCUGAGCGUGGAGGUGCCUUCCCGGGGCUCUGCUCGCCUCCCCCAGCCAGGCAGGCUGUGAUGAGCAACAGGCCUGGGGCUGGAAGGACACAGGGCUCUCUCCCAGCUCACAGCGUGGUGGCUUCUUGUUCAUCUUCUCACCACGGCUCCUAGGGCCUGGCUGCAGCAGGUACUGGGGAGCACUGGACUGUGUUACGGGCAGCGUGGCCAGCAGGGCGAGGGAGGGGGCUCUGCCCCUCUGCCCCACUCUGGUGAGACCCCCCUGCGGUGCUGCAUCCAGCUCUGGGGUCCUCAGCACAGGGAGGACAGGGACCUGCUGGAGCAGGGCCAGAGGAGGCCACGGGGAUGGUCAGAGGCCGGGGCACCCCUGCUGGGAGGACAGGCUGGGAGAGCUGGGGUUGUCCAGCCCGGAGAGGAGAAGGCUCCGGGGAGACCUUACUGCAGCCUUGCAGCACUUAGAGGGGGCUCAGGAGAAAGAUGGGGACAGAGUUUUUAGCAGGGCCUGUCGCGACAGGACAAGGGGGAUGGUUUUAAACUCAAAGAGGGGAGAUUCAGACUAGAUGGAGGGAAGAAAUGUUUUACGCCGAGGGUGGUGAGGCACUGGCACAGGCGGCCCAGAGAGGUGCCCGAUGGCCCAUCCCUGGGAACAUCCAAGGCCAGGCUGGACGGGCUCUGAGCAACCUGAUCCAGCUGAAGGUGUCCCUGCCCAUGGCAGGGGGCUGGGCUGGAGGGACUUUGAAGGUCCCUUCCCACACAAACCAUUUGAUGAUUCUAUGAGCUGACAUGAACACAAGCCCUGUAAUUUGUUGCCGCUGAGGAGUUGCAAAAUUUCCUCAUUAUUUUUGAAAGAGGUGCAACCCCCUGGAAAAUAGGUUCCCAGUAGGAACGGUGGGACUCAUCCCACGUCAUUCAGUCAUUUGGAAGUGAAGUAACAGACACCCUGCGCACAUUGAGACAUCUACAUGUUGACACUUCAGUUCUGGGUGUCCUAACCUGCAACGUGAUUUCCAGCCUUCCUCUGAAGCUGUCCUGGCUCUGGAGGGAGGCAGGUACCGCUGGAGGGUGAGUCACCCCACCUACGCUGGACCUCCCAAGAGUGGGAUGAAUCACCUUCCACAGCACCUACCUGCUACCUACCAGCGUGGUUGGGAAAAAGGAGCUCGGACUAAACUGCUUGCUUUUCCCAUAGCUGCUGUGAGACAAGGUCAGCCGUGGAGAGGGACGUUCCCGUCACUGCAGCUCCCUUCUCUCUGCUCAGGUGAUGGGGCAGUCCCUGGCAAAACCUUUCCCAGGAGGAUGGAAAGAUGGCACAGCCCAGGGACCAUUCCCAGCUCAGUCAGCUUGACUUCUUCCCAGUAUGUUUUCAUUGGGAAUGCAAUGGGAAACAAGGGUCCAAGCCCACCCUCACAAGCCUGGGCACCAGGGUCUCGGGCUCAUGAGUCAUAUGCCCCACUGCAAUUGCAGCAAAACACACCAAGUUCUCACAGCCACUGGUUAUUUUCCUUCCCUCACACUCCCAAGAAGCGCCGCACAGCAUUGGGUGCUCGGGCAGGGGUCUGGACCUCCAGGCACGGUCCGAAAGCGUGGCUUGAGACGAUGCAAAUAUCAAUCCCCCCACCAAGGGCAGGCAGUCGGUCAUUGAGCAUGUCAUCUGCUCAGAGCCCAGAGGACCGUGGCAGGGGCAGCACAGAAGCAAUGUGUUUCUAAGUACAAAAAAUACAAAAUGAAAAUUAAGUGAAUUACUUUUUUAGCUAUUUAAAUAUUUUUUUUUAAUCUUGCGGCUUUUAACCCCAUUUUAUGCUCAUAUUCUGGUUUGCUUAUAAUGCUUAUAAUGCCAAAAUUAUUUUUUUUUGGAAGGGGAAGGUGAAAAUUCUGAAAAUUGCUCGGAGGAGCUGUGCACUAAUCAGACACAUGGGAAUCACAGAAAGAAACCAGCUUCAGUAAAUGCUUGUUAGCAGCAACAUAUGGCUACACUCUUGCUCCUGAACAGCUGCUGUUAUCUGCCGGAUCAUCCAGACCACAGGAGGGGAAAUAGUGCCAGUGUGCUGCUGCGCACACAGCGUUUGUUUGCACCAGGUGUUGCUGCAAAAGGAGCAUCUCUUGUGUACGAGCAGCACAGAGCUGGAUGGGCAACUCCGUGUCCUUGGCUUGAAAGCCUUUGGCGAGCAGUGCACACGCUUCUUCCUUCGGUUGUGCAAGAGGCAUAAUACACCAAAAAAAUUAAAAGGAAAGAAAGAGCCUGCACUUUGGGAAGCCAGAGGCUUCAGCAUUUGGCAGGCACCGCGGGGGGGGUGGGGGGGGGUGGGGGGGAAGUGAAUAAUUUCUUAGACCCCCCCCGAAAUGCUCUAGGGCCGCGUGUGUGGUUCUCAGCAGGACUCCCAGUGACACCAGCAGGGCUGCAAACGCUGCCCCAUCUCUGCCCUGCUCCUGCUCUGCCCACAGCCCCCUGGGACCUGCCGUGCCCCCCCUCCCCCCGGGCAUUUUCACCCCCAUUUUGGAAGGGAUUAGUGCUUUAUUUACAUUCUCAGUGCCCUGCAGCUGGAAGAUCGUGUGGUUGCAGAGGAAAAGAGAGUCAAUGAAGCAAGACCCCAACCAUGUCACGCUAAGAAAAUGUGUUUUGCAGCAGGUCACCCACCGUUGGGUGUUUGAGGUCUGCCAUCACCUUUUGGCACCUCUGACAGCCUGCACCUCCUUGCUCCACACAUGACAUUCUUUCCAAGACAAAAAAAACCCAAGUGAACAGCCCCAUCCGGCCUCCCACCCCACCCUGGGGAUCCCCACCAUCCUGAUGACAGGAGGUGAAAUACCUGUGGCUUGAAAAUGCCUUUCUUUUUCCUUGUUUUCCUGUGUUGAACCAAUGUUUUACAUGACUUGCACUAAUUGCUGUAGGACAGGCUACUGUAGAGUUUCUUUGUUUCGGUCUCUUGUUUGGUUGUGACUCCUCUUAGCUGCAGAAAAUGGCAGUCCUGUACACGUACCUGCUGCACAUUUUACACCCCUGGAGAAAAUAAACU